AUUAAUUCUAUCACUCCUUCAUCCUGUUUAUUGAAUGUUUUAUUUUACUAAAGCAACAUUUUUUUCACAUAAAGUUUGAAAAUUGUGUUUAUAUAUCUUAAUUUUCUGCUUAAAUCAACCGCAUUCAUGUUUAAUUUUGUUUGCUGCUUGUGGGGUUUUAUGUUUGAUUCAUAUGUAUGCAGCAGCUUGUUAUAUCUCUGGAGACUAGUGGUCGAUUCGUGUGUUUUAUACACAUGGCCACCACUUGAUUGGUGUGUGGACUUUGUUCAAUAGAUGUGUGUGUACUGUGUAGUUAUUAGCUUAUGCUCUAUCGUGGGCUUUGAUUGUACCGAAAAGAAAAUAACCUAAAUCGAAGUUCUUUUUCACUAGGUAAUUCUUUUUGGUUUUUACUCGUUAGCUGCACUGAAUUGAUGAGCUUGUAUGUUAUUGGAUCAUCUUCUUUCAAACUAAGGUUUGAAUUGAUGAAAUGGGAAGGUAUAUAGUGGAAUGGGAAUAUGGGAUGAAACCUGGUAGUACCAUUUACGCUGUUUGGAAGAGAGUUUUUAUUGGAGGGGGCGGUAAUAGAAUGUUAUGGUUUACUUCUACUUACCUCCGGUUCGGAUGUUAGGGGAAGUAACUGAAAUUUAUCUGCACACCUGUAUCUAUAAAAUUCACAUUUAGGACAGUAAAAGGAAAGGAGUGAAUUUUUCAAUUUUUAUAUAUUUUUGUUCCUUUGCAUUAUGUUAAUUAGCCAAACAAGUUAAGUGAGUUAAAGGCUCUUUACUUCCAUUUACAUUACAUUCCAUAAUUAAAAGAAACCUUGUAUCCAACCAGACCAAUGACUACAAUACAUCAUUAAUGUGUUAGAGAUGAAUCAUUAGGUUCUUGAGCUACUAGUUGAUUGGUGCUGGUUUUUGUAUUGCAGUUGGUUCUGCUAUCUAUGAUCUUCUUUCUUGACACUUGACAGUGUCUUAGACAACAAAUCAGGAAAUGGCCGGUAGUGGUCAAUUACCUGAAAGCCAAAAACCUUCAAUUACAUACAAGCACAAUCAAACUGGCGGGGCAUUCUUUAAGCUCGUGGAAUCUAAUCACGAGGAUUGUACCCCCAGCUCUUCUGCUAUUAAUCAGCACAAUGGUAACAGGAUCGAAUCCAAGUCAGCUGAAAUAGUAAGAACUUCUGAUCUCAUUGCAGCAAUUAGUCAUCUAUGGGAUCGUGCCAUUCUUCCUCCUGCAUUAAAAGCGGAUUCAGAUCAUGACGCAAAGAACCUUAAGAAAGCAAAUACAUUCUGCUAUUCGGCUGAGGAAGGCCAUAUUGAUGCAUCAACUUCUGCAGAGGGUCAAGAUUUCUCAGUUAAUGUAGUACCUGAUUACUCCUCACCCUUAGUGCAGGCAACCAUAGAAUGCCUAAAGGUGACCCAGAAAAUCUCCUUCUUUGAACCUGGUACUAUUAGUGGUAGCAGUGGUUAUGCAAAUUCUCUUAUUUGGGGACUUAUAAAAAGUGGUUCCAGCAAUCCAAUGGAGUCCUUCAAGGAUACAGGGCAUGCAAGAGGAAACUUACAUAACGCAAAGGAUGCACAGCAGUUGUUGAGUGAAACUACGAUCUCUAGAUCGAUGCAUCUUGUCAACUCUAAUGUUUCGGACAAAGUGAAGAAUCAAGAUUGUUGCAAUACUGGACAAAGAAACUCAACUUGCAUUAAUUCUUGUGAUAAUGCCAGUAAUUCAACCAAGAACACAAGUACUGUUAACACUGAUUGCCUCCCAGAAACGGCUGAAACAAUAGAUAUAUUGUCAGGUCCAAGCCCGAUCAUGGAUAAACACCUAUCUGUUACCUCUCUAUUCACAGAUCACCUUCUUCAGGCCGUUGAAGACACAAAUGAAAACAUUAGUUUGACCUCAAUUUCGCGACUUCAUGUGGAACACAGUGCCAAUCCUUUAGCUACCGAUACAGGUGCUCACAGUGAAAGCGAGAGCAAUCCCAAAGAGAGUCAUCUGCUUGAAGGUGAGAGUUUUCAGCAACAAGUUUGUUUCACUGAGAGCAAGUCCAAUUUAAAAAUCAGCUCAUCAAAUCAUGAUAAACCGGGUUUUGCACGGCAGGAGCAUGCUUUUGCUGGAGCAUUUGCUGGUAUCUUUGUAAGCCUUUGUCUACAUCCUGUGGAUACAAUUAAGACCGUGACUCAGUCAUGUCGCAGUGACCCAAAGAGUCUUCUUGAUAUAAGCCGAUCUAUUAUUGCUGACAGAGGUCUAAUCGGACUCUACCGUGGAAUUGCUAGCAAUAUUGCUACUUCAGCACCAAUUUCUGCUGUCUAUACUUUCACUUAUGAAUCAGUUAAAGGGGCCUUGCUUCCUUAUUUUUCUAAGGAGUGUCAUUCUUUGGCGCAUUGUGUAGCAGGAGGUUCUGCGAGUAUUGCAACUUCUGUUAUUUUCACUCCAAGUGAACGUAUAAAGCAGCAGAUGCAAGUCAGUUCUCACUAUAAAAGCAGUUGGAAUGCGUUACUUGGAAUUGUCGGAAAGGGUGGUUUGUCUUCAUUAUAUGCUGGGUGGGGAGCUGUACUGUGCAGAAAUGUUCCGCACUCAAUCAUCAAGUUCUACACCUAUGAAAGGCUAAAGAAGUUAAUGUCAUCCUCACUUCAACCAAAUGGACAAAGAGAAAUGCUGCGAACGCUCAUCUGUGGAGGAUUAGCUGGAUCUACUGCUGCUCUUUUUACAACUCCUUUUGAUGUGGUGAAGACAAGGUUGCAGACUCAGAUUCCUGGUUCAAGAAAUCAAUUUGAUGGUGUGUUUAAUACCCUGGUGGAGACAGCUAAGCAUGAAGGUUUGAAGGGUCUCUAUAGGGGCUUGACUCCAAGGUUAGUCAUGUAUAUGACACAAGGAGCACUGUUCUUUGCAUCAUAUGAAUCUUUCAAGAGAUUGUUAUCUUUGGAGGCAGUACACGAUAGUGCUCAACAUCUGAUAUGAAUCAAGACUGAAAAAGGAUUCAAACUCUCUGCCUGAAAGCUGCAUAAUUGCAAUCACUACAAGUCCAGUAAGUGUUGAAAUUUUCCUACUGGGUCGCCAAAGGGAACUGAUACACGGAAGCUCGAUAAAUUGUAAUUCUUGUCUCUCUGAAGCUUCCCUUGAUAGAAUAGAAACUAGGUAUAUCUGAGUAACCAUGGACGGCAGAUAUAGAAAAAUGUUAUUCAUUUGUCUGUUGUUAGAACAAUGCAGGCCAAUUUUUUGUAAGUAGGGUGAUUACAGAUAAGUUGAAAAUUGAAACACCUUGUACAGACUACUUAAAAUAUAUUAAAGUUCAGAGUUCAAUA